AUGGAGGAUCCAGAGCCGAGGGACAGGGCCUCCAGGCGGGAACGCGACCCGGCGGAGCCCGAGCAGCGGCGGAAAGAGCUGGAGCCUCGGGGAGGAGGCUGCAAGGAGCGCGGCCGCCAGAUGAAGAAAUCAAUUAUUCUAUUGCUCUGGUUACAAUAUGUUGUUAAGAUCUCAAAAAGUUUCUGUCAGAUGCCCAUGAAUAAUCAAACAACAGCAGUUUUUAUUGAAUGGGAUGAAUUUCCUAAGGCAGGAAAUCCUGAAUUUUAUUUUUUAAAAUACCAACUUGUUAAUAAUUUUGCUGAAAAAAAUAUCAAAAGCAUUCUUGUAAGCCCACAAGAGCUUUCAAAAUCAGUAACAUUAGAGGAAAAUGAAGACUAUCACAUCAUUGUACAGUCCAUAAAAUAUGGACAAAUUUUAAGUGAAAAGUCAUUUAAAAUCCGUAGUUUCUCAACUAGCAAUAUUAAAACAGUAGUGACAAGCACGAGUGUUUCUUUUAAUUGGAGUUUGCUGUCUUCCAAUGACAUUUCAGUGUCAAUAUCUUUCAAUAAUUCUUCACAAAUUAUGCCAAAUAAUGUUACAGUUUAUGAGUGGGAUAAUUUAAAACCUAGAAGCCUAUAUGCUUUUAAAUUUGAAUUUAAACAGUUGUAUUUGGAUUUUAUAAAUAUAUUGCAGAGACUGGAUGUUCAAGUAGAAACAGGUUCAUGUUCACGAGGAUGGCUAGCAUUAAGAAACAGCUGUUACAAAAUUAGCAAAGAGAGUGUGCCAUGGAAUAUAGCCCAGCGACGCUGUAGGUUAUCCUUAAGUUCUGCACACCUUGUGGAUAUAAAAAAUGAAGAGGAAAAAAAAUUUAUAAUUUCACUUCUCAGGUCAAAAAAUCAAAUAAUAAUAUGGACUGGUCUUAAUGACUUGAAGAAGGACGGUCAUCUCACAUGGAUAGAUGGAUCAUCUUUUGGUCUUAAGAAAAAUGAAACCUUUUCUUUUCCACUGCUACCCAAGAAUGAAACAGAUUGCUACAUUUUGCAGCAAAAUGCAACUGGAUCAAACUAUUUCUUUACAAGAUUUUUCUGUUAUGUUCCACUGCCAUAUAUUUGCAAAUAUGAACCACCUUCUCUGCAGGAAAACCUUUUGAUAAGUAUAAAGGAUGUUGGAACAACUGAAGUUGUAUUUGGUUGGCAUAAUCGGAAUGUUUGGAACACUUUGAAUAAGUGGCUAAAACUGGGAUAUAAAAUUAUCAUUAAGUAUUAUUUAUAUUAUACAGAAGAACAAUAUUUUGAAAGCAUAUCCCCAAAUACUACAGAAAAAACAAUUACCAAAUUGUUUCCUGGCCAUAUUUACAGAUUUUUACUCUUUGCAGUAAAUAAAUGGGAGGCAAGAACUAUGUUAAGUUCAGUAUUUAUUGUUGAAACACGCCCAUUAUCAGCUAAGAAUGUCACAGUGACUCUUUUGACCCCAACAGAAGUAUUUUUACACUGGAAUCCUCCAGAUCUUAUGUCUUUUCACCAUUAUCUUGUGACUAUUUUGGAUGUGGAAAACAGUAAAUCAGAAGAGGUGCUUGUUGAAAAAUUCAGCACAUCAGUGAAAAUUGGAGAUUUGAAAUCUUUCCAUCAUUAUCAGAUACAUCUAUUCAGUGUUGGGGCAAGAGGAACUUUAAGCUGCUUUGAGAGACCUAUUUCAGCCAUUACAGGUAUUAAUCCUCCUCAAAAGGUUCACAUAAAACCUGAAGAUGUGGGAGAGGACAGUCUAAUUCUUCAGUGGGAAUCCCUACCAGAUGGCCACGAGAUCUACAUUCAAAUCAAACCCUCAUCAGAUAUAAGAGAAGUCCUGAAGCUUUUUGUAAGGAAUGCUAAUAGAUUAAAGAUUGAUAAUUUAACCCCUGGGAUGACCUAUGACAUUGGAAUGGCAACAGUAAUGAAUGGGAAUUUGAGUGAGCUGGUAACCAUUCAACAAACUCUAAGUCUGGAAUCGCCAUCAGAUAUCCACGAGGGCAAAGUGACAGACUCUUCCAUAGAGAUUCUCUGGAAUCGAGCUGAUGGGAAUUUCCAGCAUUAUGAAAUCACAUGCCUGAACUGUACUGCUGCUCUCAUGGUCCAGAAGGUAGUUCAAGAAGCAGCAACGUUCUCCCACCUGGAUCCCGCCACAGUGUACGCCUUCUCAAUUCGCACUGAAAGGGAAGGUUUUAAAGACAGCACUCCUAACCUCAAAGAAAUACAGACAGCCCCGAGUGCCGUUGAAUUUAUGAACCACAGUAGAAACUCCAAUGCAAUAACUGUUAGCUGGUCUUCAGCUAGAAGUCUUCUGGAUGGGUACAUUAUUUCAAUAUCCAGCAAAACCUUAAUGAAAGAGGAAAUCCUGCCUUCCACAGAAAGGACCUUCACAUUUAAUAGCUUGUCUUCAGGGACUGACUUUUUAAUUAGCAUAAUAACUACCAAGGGACUGAAGAGAAGCCAUCCUACUGUCCUCAUGAUUAGCACUUAUCCAGACCCACCAUCAGAUUUGAUGAUUUGGGGGCAGGAAGAAAACACAAUAUAUUUGUCUUGGAAACUUCCACAAGGAGGCUUUGAAAAGUUUCAGAUAUCCUUUUGUAUGACAUCUAGAAAGGAAAAGACAUUUAAAAUAAUUGUGGAUGACAACAAAGCCAAAGUAAAGAAUUUGAUUCCAGGGGUGGACUACAUGUUGGACAUGAAGACAGUUAGAGGCAGAGAUUACAGUGUAUCUGUAAUGACGAAAGUGGCUACAAAGACCAACUUCACUCAGUACAAGAUUUAUGUAUCAAACAGAACAUUUGCAGACGAGUAUCUUAUUUGGGGAAUUAUUCCAGAACACACAGUUACAGAUCUGACUCCUAGUGGAAUAUAUAACAUCGUCGUACACAGAGUGAGAGGCAAUGUUGAGGGACCUGGCACAUUUAUCAGAGUUGUUACAGAACCGGAAAAACCCGAGAAACUUAAAGCCUUCAAUAUUUCCACACAUUCCUUUUCUCUAUACUGGAGCCUGCCCUCUGGCCAUGUGGAAGGGUUUAAUGUGGAUCUUGUUCCUGACAGUGGCUUUGUUACUAUCAAAGAUCUUGGAGGUGGAGAGUAUCAGUCUUACCCUGAACCUACAGCCAGCCAUCCAAGGGUUCAUGAAUAG